AUGGCUAUAGAGGAGACAAACACGCCUGGCGCUGGCCAGGAGAGUUACGACUCUAAAGGCCCUCGCAAUGUCACAACUGCGACAGGGUCUUCUUCGUCGUCCUCCAUUUAUGAGCCCAGGACAACAAAGGGAUUUGACUCUGCAUUCGAUUCGACCGAAGACCCGAGAUUUUAUAAGCCGAUCGAUACAUAUGAAGGAAUCCAUCGUUGGGAUCCAGAGUUUGAAUGGACUGAGCAAGAAGAGACAAAGAUAAUCAGAAAGAUUGAUUUGCGCGUCUGCACAUUCGCAUGCGCAACAUUUUUUGCGCUUCAGUUGGAUCGAGGCAACAUUGUUCAAGCAAUGUCGGAUAACAUGCUGGGAGAUUUGGGAAUGAACACCAAUAACUACAACACAGGCCAAACAAUCUUCUUGCUCUGUUUCCUUUUCGCAGAACUCCCGUCGCAACUACUCUCCAAGGCUGUUGGUCCGGAUAGGUGGAUUCCCAUUCAAAUGGUGUGCUGGAGUCUUGUCGCAGCUUUCCAGGCAUUUGUCAAGGGCAAAAACUCUUACUAUGCCUGCCGGGCUCUUCUUGGUCUUCUGGAGGGUGGAUUCAUUCCGGAUACGAUUCUUUUCCUUUCGUUCUGGUAUAAAUCCAAAGAGCUUCCAAUCCGAUUGAGUUUCUUCUGGGUCUGCUACGAGGCGACGGCAAUCGUGAGUGCGUUUUUGGCAUUUGGUUUCCUACAUAUUCGACAGAGUGAUGGCACUGGUGGCUGGAGAUAUUUGUUUGCAUUUGAGGGUUUGAUCACCGGAGUCAUUGGUAUCAUUGCCGCAUUCUGGAUGCCUGCCGGGCCUACCCAGACCAAAGGUGGCUUCCGUGGUAAAGAUGGAUGGUUUAAUGAGCACGAGGAGAAAAUCAUGGUGAACCGAGUCCUUCGCGAUGAUCCCAGCAAGGGCAGCAUGCACAACCGCCAGGCUUUGACACCAAAGAUGUUCUGGCUCGCUUUGUGUGACUACGAUCUCUGGCCCAUCUACUUGCUCGGCUUGGUUUGGAUGAUCCCCAACACCCCGGCAACCAACUACAUCACACUCGAGCUGAAAGCCCUUGGAUUCAGUACUUUCCAGACAAACCUCUUGACUAUUCCGGCAUACGUCAUCUUCAUUAUCAUGCUCCUCAUUGUGACCUUCGUUUCGGAACGCUUCAACCAACGGAUCAUUCUCGGUGUUUUCUCUGAAAUCUGGUGUUUGGCCCUCGUCAUUGCUCUUGAAGUUCUUCCAGCAGAUGCUAGCACAUGGGGCCGAUGGGUUAUCUUGAUCCUUCUGAUUGGUGCCCCAUAUGUGCAUGCAAUUAUCGUGGCCCUGGCAUCUAGAAAUGCUGGUUCAGUUCGCACGCGAACCGUUGCUACGGCCUUGUACAACAUGACCGUUCAAGCCUCUAGCAUCAUUGCUAGCAAUAUCUAUCAAGACAAGGAUAAGCCGCUCUAUCGCACCGGAAACAAGGUUCUCAUUGGACUGGCCGCAUUCAGUCUGGUACUUUUCAUUGGAGCCAAGUUCUACUACAUGUGGCGCAACAAGCAAAAGGCGGCUAUCUGGGAUAAGAUGUCAAGCGAGGAGAGAGAAGCUUAUCUGGCUGCCAACCUGGAUGCUGGCAACAAGAGGUUUGUAUUCCCCAUCCCUUUGCGAGAGAAACAUAUCAUCUAA